AUGGUGGACGGGCGCAUGCUGGAUGAUCUGGAGGAGGUGGUAAGGAGCGUGCGGCGCUGCAAGCACCCCUUUGGCGGCCUGCAACUCGUCCUCACCGGCGACUUCCACCAGCUUCCUCCCGUCGCCAAGGGCCGCCAGGCCACGGCAGAGCGGAGGUUUGCGUUUGAGGCGGACUGCUGGGAUACCUGCAUUAGCACCUGCCUGCUGCUCACCAAGGUCUACAGACAGGCGGACAGGGAGUUCGUGGACAUCUUGAGCGCGGUGCGGAGCGGCCGGUGCGGCGCGUCCGUGCUGGGCAAACUUAAGGCACACUGCGGAAGGCCUCUGGGCGAGGUUGACAGCAUUCUGCCAACAAAGCUGUACACGCACACGGAUGACGUGGACGCGAUAAACAGCUGCCACCUGGCAGAGCUGGGCGGCGAGGCGGUGCGCUUUGUGGCGCAGGACACCGGCAACACCGACGCCCUCAAAUCCGCAUGCCACGCCAAGCCGGUGGUGGAGCUGAAGGCGGGCGCGCAGGUGAUGCUGACGCGCAAUGGGUUUCUUUGGCCUUGA